GCUUAGUUUUACAAUUGCUUGCAGUUUAAAAGUAAGUCGGGUUUUGUAACCUUGUUCUUCAGCUAACUUCAGUUGUAUAUUUUAAGAGUUAAACAACACCGGCGGCUCAUAUGAGCUCGAAGAGAGGAAAGGUUAAACGCACCAAAAAUGUGCGUAAUUUGGAUUUGGACGAUGCGCCUUCUUUAGCGCAGUCAAUAAUCGAGAAAAAUCAUCCAAAUAUUAUACCUGCAGGGCGACAGUUAGAAAGAACACCUCCAUGUAAGAGCGAAAGAAUCACAAUACACCAGCUCAGCAAACCAGACGCUUCUCCAACAGCAGACCAAGCGGUCAAAGAUGAGCCACGUGCUCAGGAAAUUGCUAAACCUGUUCCUCAGAAUGGAAGUGAAGAGCGAGAUGAGGGGAAGUCCAUCAGGAGGUCUAGUUCAAUAGUUGCAUCAGCAACAACUGGGAAUGCUGACCCCGAAAGCUUCAUCCAAGGAAUGCAGGGAUAUCAAUGGACAGACACAGACCUGGAGUUUAUAUAUGAAACCAAAAGGAAAAAGCAAGUUCAACAGGCGCAGCUGGAGUUAAGUGAAGUGCAGAAAUCUCUGAAGAGAAUGAGGCAAAUGCGGGACUUGGCCAUUGCUGCCCAUGUCAAAAUACAAACAGAGCUCUCUAAGGUGCCGUCGUGUGAUCGGAUGCAGCAGAUUUCCUAUAAAAUACUUCUGAGGUCCCAGAACUCCAGUCAGCUGGAAGGACUUGAUUUUAAAGCUCGACUUGCUCAGCUUAAGUAUGCUGAUGUGAUCUGCACUAUAGCCGAGGAGAAGACAGAGGUCAGCAAACUCAAGGCAGAACUGGAAAAGGCACAAGCAAUGAGAGAAAAGGAGGAGCAACUCACGAAGGACAUUGACAGCUAUAAGGAAAAGAUCAAUCAAAUCGAGGUAAACGUACAUACACUGACUGCAGAAAUAGCGGCUCUGGAAUCCCAACUGUCUGGUAAAGAGGAGGCACUACGGCCAGCUAAACAAUUGCAGCAAGUCAGAAAAGGCCUCCAAACCUCUGCUGCCUCUAAUGCCAAUAAAACCCAUCCAGCACUUCAACCUUCCGCAUCUGCAACGAAAUCUUCUAGUGCUGCUUCUGCCACGAAACCUACUAGUGCCACUUCUGCAACGAAACCUUCCAGUAUCAAUUCUGCCACCAAACCUUCAAGUGGCGCUUCUGUCGCAAAAACUUCUAGAGCCACUUCUGCCCUGAAACUUUCCAAUGAUGCUUCUGCCCCGAAACCUUUCAGUGCCGAACAUUCUGGUGCCACUUAUGCACCUGAACCCUCCAAAUGUUCCAGAUCUCUGUCUCCCCUAAAUUCUUCUAGCACCGCUUCUGCCCCUGAACCCUCUAAACCAACUAUAGCCACUUCUGGACCCAAACCUUCCAGUGCUGUUUCUGCCACCAAACCCUCCAAAUCUUCCAGUGCUGCUUCUGCCACCAAACCCUCCAAAUCUUCCAGAGCUGCUUCUGACCCCAAACCCUCAAAAUCUUCCAGAGCUGCUUUUGCCACCAAACCUUCCAAAUCUUCCAGGACUGCUUCUGCCCCCAAACUCUCCGAACCCUCAGCUGUCCCUAAACCCCCAAAAUCCAUUGCAACCCCUUCAAACCCCCUCAAACCACCUGCUACCAUGAAAGACUCCAAAACUCUCAAACUCACCACCGGCAUAAAGGCUUCAGCAGAUGAUGUUGCUGGUCUGCGCCGCUCUAAAAGAAUUGCUUCUAAGAAAGAUAAGUGAUCAAUUUGUUUAGAACCUUUUUCUUACUCUCAUAUAUGAUGCCAUUUUUGUCUUGAAAUCAUGUUUUUGGAGUGGGAGGAUUUACUUUUAAACUGUGAGGGAAUUGUUUGGUGCCCUCUGCUGGAUAUUUAGGUAUUAGCGUUUGUGGACACUAUGGAUAUUAAAAUCAGAUGUGAUUGACAAAAUGGACAACAUGCAUUUAGAUGUUUUGCACUCUUUUUUUUUUUCUUUAAGCCAUGCAUUAAGAGUGCAUUUUAUUUUGGAAUUAAUAAAUGUUUUUUCAACUGUC